CUCCACAAACAACACAUAUAAAACCCUGACCUCAAAUCUAGGGUUUAGAACCUUCAGCUGCUGCCUUCAUCGCUCUAUCCAUCUUCCACUCCGCAAAGCAGCCAUGAUCAUAUCGGAGAAGAACAGGAGAGAGAUCUCCAAAUACCUCUUCCAAGAGGGUGUGUGCUAUGCGAAGAAGGACUACAACCUAGCGAAGCACCCUGAUAUCGAUGUCCCGAAUCUGCAGGUGAUUAAGCUUAUGCAGAGCUUUAAGUCGAAGGAGUACGUGCGUGAGACCUUUGCCUGGAUGCACUACUAUUGGUAUCUGACCAAUGAUGGAAUUGAAUUCCUCCGCACAUACCUCAACCUUCCAUCGGAAAUUGUCCCCGCCACACUCAAGAAGUCUGCCAAGCCCCUCGGCAGGCCCAUGGGUGGCCCCCCUGGUGAUCGCCCUCGUGGACCACCAAGAUUUGAGGGCGACAGGCCUCGUUUUGGUGACCGUGAUGGAUACCGUGGUGGACCAAGAGGCCCAGCUGGAGAAUUCGGUGGGGAGAAAGGUGGAGCUCCUGCUGACUUCCAACCUUCAUUCAGGGGUGGGAAUGGUGGCGGGCGUCCGGGUUUCGGCCGUGGUGCUGGUGGCUUUGGUGGAGCACCUUCAAGCUAAACUCCUUUGUCUGUUCUUUAAUUCAUAGUUUUUAAUAGAGUAUUUUGUGAGCUGGAAUUAUGUCUAAGGAUCACUUCUAUUUUGCAUGAGAAUAUAUCCAAUGUUUCUCUCUUUUCGGAUAUCAUUAAUGUUGGUUUUUAUAA